AUGGAGAGGUCUGUUAGAUCUGCAGUGGUUCUCCUGGCUAUCACCAUGCUCAUUUCGUUCGAUCCUACAGAAGCAUGGUACAAACAGUCAACCGGUCCAAGCUACUAUUCGGUGGGCAGAGCUUCAGGUUUGCUGUCUGGUAUCCGCAGAUCACCCUACGUUCGCAGGUCCGAGCCAGAGACACCACUGGACAGUGGGGAGUCCGCUGGAAACAAUGUGAUUCCCGACCUCAGCAGCCGACAAACUCCAGUUCUCAAAAAUAUGGCCAUAUGUGUGAAAGACAUUUCCCCCAAUCUGCAGAGUUGCGAGCUGGUGCAAGACGGCUCCAGUACGUUUCGAUGCAAAGCCGAUGUAUUCCUGUCACUCGACUCACUGGACUGCUUGACCGCUUGA